AUGCGGCGCAUAGGACGAACCAAACAUCUCAGUUGCUUCUACUGCGGCAAGCAGACUGGCAUCAAAUACGACGGCACGAUAACCGACUUUCUCUGCCUCUCCUGCGAUGCCACAAACUAUCUAGAUCAAAAUGGUGAUAUUACCGACCCCCCGGUCGCGACCGAGCGGGAAGCUGCACCGCCCUCCCAAUACGCCCGCCCUCAGCCCGCCGCGUCCAUCGAGUCCGACGCCGUCUUUUGUUCCACGUGCCUCAAGAACCAGCGGCUCUUCACCGCGUCCCUCGCGCAGUACCUGCCCGACGACCCGUCGCACCCUGACUACGCGGAGCUCGACCGCAACUACUACCGCUACCGCCGCAACCUCGAGAGGCGCUACCCGCAGGUCUGCGAGGCGUGCGCCGACACCGUGCAGGACCGCAUUCGUCAGGCCGGCUACACGGCCAAGACGGACCAUUUGCGGCGCAUGAUGGACAAGAGCCGCGGGCGCACGGCGGCGGCAGCGACGACGCGGAGAGCCGGCAUCCUGGACGCGGUCGGCGUGGUUGGCGCUUGGCUCUGGCGCGCAGGACUCGCGGCGCAGCUGCUCUGGCACCUGCAACAUAUCGCACGGGCGCUGGAGCGGCAGGAUAACGGCAUGUAUGACCCAGACGACUCGGGCGUGAUGGUCAAGGGACUCGCGGCGACGAGGAUGGCUCUGGCGUGGCUACCGGACGGGGAUGCGCUGAUACGGGCGAGCAUCGCGGCGGCCGUUCUCUCGGUGUGGUGGAACCCACACUUUGUGCAAUUCUCGAGGGGCUUUACGAGGCAUUUGCUGGGGUUCACGCGGUGGUACUCGUUCCAGGGGUUGAUCGUCUUCUUUCGCAUCCUCUUCCGGAGCGUGCUGAGCAUGCAGGGGGGCGCGGCGCAAUCGCAAAGCGCGCAGUUGAGCGUACACCUGGCCACGGCAGGCAUCAUGUGUUUUAUUUACUUGAUCGCGAGCAGGUCCAUCAAAGUAGACACGACGCCGCUCUUCCGUCCCGACGACAAACCGUUGACGCCGCGCCACAGCAUGACGCCAAUCAAGCGCAGAGAGCAAGACGCCAAGACCUUUUCCGAGCUCUUCAACGAGGCCCUCGACUCGACGCCGCAGAAAGGCAGCGGCAACGGCGGCGGCGGCGUGUCCUCCCUGACAGCGACGCCCGGCACACCCGGCAGCGCCUUUGUCCCGCCGAGCCAGCUCAAGAUGAUGCAGCGCGGCUUCAACAGCACGCCACUACAGCCAUCAUCGACCGCUCACGCCGAGUCGGGCGACGAAAUGGACUGGUCACCGAGCCAGCCCCCUCACCGCGCGUUCCGCACUGAUACCACCACCACCACCACUGCGCAGAACAAGGACGCUCUCCGCCCCUUUGGCCAGUCCCCGACGAAUGACAACAGCGGCAGCAGCAAUAAUCAGCGUCCCUUCUGGUUCAAGGUGCCCCCAGCGCCGACCAACCCCGCGCGGCAGCUGCGCAACCCGCCCAACGCACCGGUGCUGCGGAAAAAGCCCGUCAAGCAGGACGACGUCUUCUUUAGCAGCAGCCACGAUAGCGCAAAAUUUAGAAAUCGCAACUCGGCGGCUGGUGACAAUGACGAAGACGAAGCGCAGGCGAGCAUGACAUUUCGCAACCCGCGCUUCUUUGCGCCCGAGAAGCCCAACGACGAGGCCAACUCGCUGGCCGACUUACUCAGCGAGAGCUUCAGCCUUGGCAACGAGCAGCAGGGUAGCGGCGACGGCGCUUCUCAUCCCGUCACUGCUUCUUUUUCCUCAUCGUCGUCUUUGUCGCCGUUUUCCAAGCGGCGCCACUCAGAGAACAACAACAACCAGCAGCAGCAGCAGCGGCGGCAGCAGCGGCGCCCCCCGCACCAAAGUCAGAAGCAGCAGUCGCUCACGCUGAUGAUACUCUGCGCGCUGCUUCCCCUCUGGCUUCUUGUUUGCUGCUUUUCUUUUUCCAUGCCGUACCGAACACCGCUGCAGGGCCUGGUGCUCGUCGCCGCGGGCGUAGUCGCACUGAGCAGCACCCACGACGGUGACGGGCAGCCACGACAACAAGAAGAACAACGACUACAACGUCAACCGACGCUGCUCGACGCCGGGCUCUCGGCGCUGGGCGUCGUGGAACUGGCGGCCGUAUGCUGGCUCGGCUGGGAGACGUGGACGGCGGGCCGGGACGUACAGGGGAGUGACGCGUACGGCGCUGGUAUCUUGGCUAUGAUGCUAGGACACCGUGCUGCGAGGAGGCUGCUGCAGGGGUGA